AUUGAGAACUCCGCAGUCGAGUAGGUGGGUGAAAGAUACCACAUUCCGUUCUUUAUUUUGUGUGGGUUUGAAUUAUUUUUUAAAUUUUGGUUAUUGAAAGAGUAUCACAGAUGCAGUUCGUGAUUUUCCUCUGUGUUCUUUUCAUAACGGUUUCAAGCGACCGUGCGAAGAGGCAAAUCGCCUUUAGCAAAAAGCUAUGAUGUGGCUGGUGAUAUCUUCGAGGAGGAAUACAUCAAAUAUGUUGAAACUGGUGUCAAAUCUCCUCAACUUGACAAUCUACUGAUGAUGCUUAGAGCUCCAAUCGAAAUUCGACGUAGAGAAUAUGAAACAUUGUCAGACUCACAACAGAGUGUGACUUGCGCACUGUGUAAAUCCGCUGUUAAUGUGCUACUCAAGUAUCGUCGUGACGGCAAGGAUGCAGAUUAUAUGCGCAACCUAGCUGUGGGCCUGUGUGUUCAAGCCAAUAUCCAACCUGCACCGGUUUGUGAAGGAUUGAUUGACAAAAUGUUGAAUGUGCUUCUCCACAUUGUCGACGAAAAACCAAGUCUUUCAGCCCUCUCGAUUUGUAGUGUUCUCCUACAAGGACCUGGUUGUACUGCUGAACAGCCUCAUUUUGACUGGAAAGUUGAAGUUAGUCCAUACAUAGAAAGGACUCCAAUAGCUGCAAAGAGCUUCAUCCCUCCAUCGACUGCUGAUGAUUUGAAAAUUGUACAUUUGACUGAUAUCCAUUAUGAUCCACUAUAUGAAGCGGGAUCGUUAGCCAAUUGUCCGAAUCCAAUGUGCUGUCGUAGUACAGGAGAAAAUCUGACUGAUGUUGCCGAAAGUGCCGGCUAUUGGGGUGACUAUCGAGAUUGUGAUUCUCCGCUCCACCUUGUUGAGAAUUCUUUAGAUGCAAUUCUUAGUGAGCAUCCUGAUGCGGACUAUAUUUAUUACACUGGGGAUUACAUUGAUCACGCUAUUUGGCUUACCUCAGUUGAGGGCAACAAAAAAUCUAUCCAUGCAAUGGAUGAAUUAUUAAAGGAAAAGUUUAAGGGUAUUCCACUCUUCCCGCUGAUUGGUAACCACGAACCCGAUCCAUUGAAUUUGUUCGCGCCAGAGUAUGUUAAGGAGAAGGGGCUUGAGUCUGGUUGGCUAUACGAUUACCUUGCAGAAGAAUGGUCAACGUGGUUACCAAAGGAAGCACAAGAGACUGUUCGCAAGGGCGGCUACUACACUGUAUCACCACAAAAAGGUUUCAGGAUUAUCGGCAUCAACAACAACGACUGCUACACCUUCAAUUUCUGGCUACUGUUUGAUCCAAGCUAUCUUAAAAAGCAACUACAGUGGCUCCAGGAUACUCUCUUCGAAGCUGAACGGGUUGGUGAGUAUGUCCACAUUCUGGCACAUAUUCCAUCCGGCUCAGGAAGCUGCCAUUACACUUGGUCACGCGAAUUCACUCGUAUCGUUGAUCGCUACCACAAUACUAUUAGCGGCAUCUUCAACGGACACACACAUAAGGACCACUUCCAGGUUUAUUAUUCAAAAUCUAAACCAUCCGUUCCAGUUAACGUAGCUUGGAACGGAGGAAGUAUUACUCCCUAUAGCAAUGUUAAUCCGAAUUACCGCGUUUAUGGAGUUGAACCCAAGACAUAUCAAAUCGUUCAUCAUGAAACCUGGAUAACGAAUCUUACUCUAGCCAAUUUGCACCCUGACAAAUCACCAGAGUGGGUCAAGGAGUAUACUUUUGCGGAAGCAUAUGGUGCAGAAGAUUUGAGCCCUGCAGGACUUGAUCAACUUUUGCAUAAAUUUGCAUCAAACAAAACUCUUUUGAAGAAGUAUUGGACUUACAAAUUUAAACUUGGUGACCCUACUCUUAAAGCUGGCUGUGGCGAUAAUUGCCUAAAGAAUCAUCUCUGUGACAUGGCAACAACGCAAGGAAACGACUUGGCCAAGUGUGACGAACUCCUCAAAGUAUUUGCGGAGAAAAACGAAUAACAAAAAAAAAAAAAAAUGGCAAAAAAUGGAAUUCAAAUGUACCUAAUAUUUUCAUAAGAAAUAGAGUGUAGAGAGCAAUGCAA